AAGGCCCGUGCGUCACAGCUGCAUUUGGACACGCCCCUUCCAAACGCUUGUUGAAUAGGAAUGACAAGGAAACAUGACAACCGCUAAAGAUGAAUCUGAUACACCGUUAUAAUCGCUCGUAUGCUCGCUCUUUCGCGUUAUUAUGCCAUCCGAGCACCACUCCAUUGUGGCCCUCGCUGUAAGUCUGAACGGAGCCACGGGGAAAGCCGCUUGGGACCGGGCCAAAAAAUACAACUGAAAGAAGAAACCCAGCCCUGCUUCGGUUACGCGCCGAGAGAGGGAGCACGCCGAUAGUGACAGUCAGUAGUCAGGGCCACUUCACAACUCAUCUGCGUGCCUGUGAUCGCCACUUUAACCGUUUUGGUGUGCACCCUCAAAGGAUGUAGACCUCGGCCUGCCAUCUCUUCGUCUUGGCAUGUUCGUUUCAAUGGGACUUCUCACAACGCUUUUUCUAAUCAGGCAAUGCCUUCCCAACGUGUUUCGCGGCGCAAACUACAAAAACCACGCUCGUGUCUCAGCGAUUCUUCCAAUUGCUCAUGUAUACAUACGCUGGUAGUUUAAAAUGCAUAGGUCUUGAUUAAAACCCAUUUUGUACGGACGGAAAAUAGCAAUUUUAGCUGGGAGGAGCAAGGAGCUCCAUCUACUCUUCGGCUUCCACGGCAAUAUCAUAGUGAUUUUUAAUGGAGCUGGAGAAUAUCGUUGCAAACACGGUACUACUAAAGGCAAGAGAAGGUGGAGGAGGAAAACGCAAAGGAAGGAGUAAAAAAUGGAGGGAGAUUCUUCGCUUUCCUCAUAUCAGUCAGUGUGAAGAUUUGAGCAAAAUCAUAGAGCGGGAUUACGUUAGCCUGUGUGAUAAGCAGCCCAUCGGUAGACUUCUGUUUCGCCUCUACUGUGAGACCAGACCAGAACUGCAGCGAUGCAUCCAGCUUCUGGACGCCAUGGAGGACUACGAGGUGACACCAGACGAGAAGAGGAAGAGCCGAGGAGAUGAGAUCAUCAAGAAGUUUCUCACCAAGCAGUCCCCCGAGUGUGUGGAUGUAGCCGAAGGUCUUGCUGAGAGCUGCAGAGAAAAUCUAGAACUGAGCCCCUGCAAGGAGAUCUUUAGUGACUGUCGCAAAGUUCUUCAUGACUACUUGAGUAGUGCUCCUUUCUCUGACUAUCAGAACAGUAUGUACUUCGACCGUUUCCUUCAAUGGAAGAUGCUCGAAAGACAGCCCAUCACAAAAGACACAUUUCGGCAGUAUAGAGUUCUGGGGAAAGGAGGCUUUGGGGAGGUGUGUGCGUGCCAGGUGAGAGCCACAGGUAAAAUGUAUGCCUGUAAAAAGCUGGAGAAGAAAAGGAUAAAGAAGAGGAAGGGGGAGGCCAUGGCCCUCAAUGAGAAACAGAUUCUCGAGAAGGUCAACAGUAGGUUUGUGGUGAGUUUAGCGUACGCAUACGAGACCAAAGACGCCCUGUGUCUGGUGCUGACCAUUAUGAACGGCGGCGAUUUGAAGUUUCACAUCUAUAACAUGGGAACCCCGGGUUUCGAGAAGGAGCGUGUGCAGUUUUACGGUGCUGAAAUCUGCUGCGGUCUGGAACACCUGCACAGAGAGUCUAUCGUAUACAGGGAUUUAAAACCAGAGAAUAUACUUUUAGAUGACAAUGGUCACAUCCGGAUCUCAGACCUGGGCCUGGCCAUUAAAGUGCCUGAUGGAGAACAGAUCCGUGGCCGAGUGGGGACAGUUGGAUAUAUGGCUCCAGAAGUGAUCAAUAAUGAGCGGUAUAGCAUGAGUCCCGACUGGUGGGGAUUGGGUUGUCUCAUCUACGAAAUGACCGCCGGCCGAUCGCCUUUCCGUGCUCGUAAAGAACGAGUGAAGAGGGAAGAAGUGGAGAAGAGGGUGCAAGAGGAGGAAGAGGAGUACAGCGACAAGUUUUCAGAAGACACCAAAGCCAUCUGCAGGAUGCUGUUAGCCAAAGAUCCCAAGCAGAGGCUCGGCUGCCAGGCGGAGGGAGGUGCCGGAGUCAAAGUCCACCCCUUCUUCAAGAACAUCAACUUUAAGAGACUAGAGGCCGGCAUUCUGGAACCUUCCUUUGUGCCUGAUCCCAGGGCAGUCUACUGUAAAGACGUUCUGGACAUUGAGCAGUUUUCCACCGUUAAAGGUGUCAAUCUGGACCAAACGGACAAUGAUUUCUACUCCAAGUUUGCCACUGGCAGCGUCUCCAUCCCUUGGCAAAAUGAGAUGAUCGAGACUGAGUGCUUUAGUGACCUUAACGUAUUCGGGCCCCAGGGCACGCGGCCCCCUGACCUGGACUGGAACCAGCCUCCCGAGCCUCCUCGGCGUAGCCUGCUGGACAGGAUCUUUAGGAGACAUCAUCCAGAGGUGACUAUCGCUCACAGCCGGGUCUCGUCUUCCAGCGUCAACUCUGUCGACUCCAUGUCAAACUCUGCCCCCUAGUGGACAGACGGCUGCGGGACUACAAGGAACAGAAGAUAAGAGUGAGCGAUAAAGAGGACGCAAGAAAAUGAACUUCUCCUGCCCUUUGGAGGCCGAUCUUCAGAGGUUGUUUUCCUAACCCGAACCCUUGCAAACCAUCUACGGCCUGCCGAGAGGAGAGGAGACGAAACAAACUCUCUUUCAGAGACGAAUAGACCUUUAUUUAUCCGUUUUGUGACCGAAAGGAGAACUUUUAUUCCUUCUACUCACGCUCCCUCAGGAUUGCUGGACCAGUAAAGAGCCACUGACAAUGACAGAAUAUUAACUUGUAUUAUUCAGGGGAUUUUAUCAACAAAGCAAGGCCUCCACAGGGAAUGGGAAGGGGGCUUUUUAAAUUUUGUUUUGUGAAGGAAAGAUAAUCUAGUCAACUGUAGAGACUACGUACACACUCGCCAACACAGACAGUCUCUCUUCAUCUCCCUCUGGUAACUCCUGCCCCUUUUUCUUCAUCUGCACAUCUGACCUCAGUCAGUCUGAAAUGUACGUUGCCUUGCAUACUCUCAGGCCAAAGAUUGAGCUUGCCACAGUUGUAUUCGAGUAACUGUUGCCAUAUUUUCAAUGACACAAGGCCUAAAAGCACAAGGAGAAUCUGAGAUGUUUAAGCUUUUACAUCAUUUACCCCAUUACUGUAAUAUUUGCAAAACUAUUUAUUUGGCAGCUCCAGCCUUCAAACCACAGUUGGACCUCGCACAAUUAAAUAAUUUUUUCUAAAUCAUUCUGAUCUUAGGCACAGUUAAACGUAAGCUAAAAGUAUAUUGUGUACCUCUACAUGGUCACUUCCUUUGUACUUAUAAGGGCAUUGGUAGUGAUUAUGGGUGUGUCUUUGGUAGAUCAGACUGUCUACCAGCAGAUUCAACAAAUGCUUCUCAUCUCCUUACUUAAAGGAUUAGUCAAUUUUCUUAAAAAAAAAAAUCCAGAUAAUUUAC